AUGCAAGGAUCUUUCUCUGAUAGUUAUUUCAAUAACAUUGACUUUUCAGGAUAUUUUCCUUUAAGGCUUUCAAAAUCAAAUGUUGAUGAUCAAUCAGACAAACGCAGAGUUUCUUUUAACAUUACUAAUAAAAGCUUGAACGAACAACAACAAAUUCAACAAAAAUUAAAAAGAUUUUCAUUAAAUGAAGAUAAAAAAAAUAAAAAUAUCACGAGAAGAAAUCGUCAACAACAGCAACAACCACAAGAUGUAAAUAACUCAAAACAUCCCAUCUCUCAACUUAAACGUUCUAAUGUAAAAAAGUAUAAAUCGAAAUCGUUAAAAGGAAAUAAAGUUCUGGAGCCUGCUCCAACUUCAAAUCCAUUUUCAACAAAUGAUCCAACUGAUAUGGAUGCCGAUCUGCCUCCAUUAAAGAUUCAAGUACAUCCUUGGUUACCAGGUCCUCCUCAUCCUCCAAAACUUAUCCAUGCAUCGCUUAUUCCUUUAUCAAAACAUAAAAGACAUUUAUCAAAUCAUUCAAAUAGACACUCUAGAAAAAUUUCUACUCAUAUCAACAUGGCUUCUCGUAUUAUAUUACAAACUUGCAAUCCAAGAAAACCUCCAUCUAGUAUUUUAUCUUCUGAUACAUUUCGUUUUUCACAAAUUAAUAAUAAUAACGAAUUACAACAAAAAAAUCAAGAUCAAGAACGCAAACAAAAGCGUGAAUCAAUUAUACUGCCCCAAGGGAAUCGUGCUUCUCAAAUAUUCAGGCGUCAAUUACUAGAACAAAGUUUACUAUUAUCUUUUGGCGGAGCUCCAAUCACCAACAACAAUAUCCCUGUAACAACAAUAUCACAUAAUAAUAUUAACCUAAAACCACCAAGAAGACGUAAAACAAGGAAAGGUAGUAACGCUAAAUUAGAAGACAGAGAAGCAAGACGUGAAAGGCGUAGACGUGAAAAGGAAGGAAAAAAAUCUAUUGAUAUAUCUGAAUCAUCAUCAUUAUCUCCACCUACUAAUAUCAAUGAUUCAACAACAAUAACAGCAAAACCAUCAUCAAGCUUUCAUCAUCUUUCACCAACCAUAAAAGUUUCUGUUAUAGAUGAUAAAUCUUCUACUAAUUCAUCAAAACUUUAUCCAACAUCUGUAAAUACUACAUCUCCAUCAUCACAAUUUACAACACAAACAAAAACUACGCCUACCGAAGAAUUUGAAAAAAAUACUAGUUUAUUCAAUAGACAAUUAAAAGUUGAUAAUAUAGCAACACCUCCUGCAUCUUUACGUAAUUCUCCUACAACACCUCAAUUCCCGCUUUCUCCUAAAUCUCCAACAAUAACACCAUUAUCGCCUACAUCACCGAAACCUCCAUUGUUAAGUUCAUCUUCAUUAGCAUUACCUGCGACAAACAAUCGAAUAACGUCAACAGCAGCUCAUGCGAAUAAUAAUAACAAUAAUGAAGCAGAUAGAUUAAGAAAAAUGCAAAAAUUUGAAGCAAUAAUUGCCAAUUCAGAAAUGCCUACAAAGAAAUUAAAAGCAGCGACUAAUACAAUACAAUCUGAUAAGAAUGAAUCUGUUUUAUCGUCGCCAUCGUCGUCAUCAUCAAAUUCCGUUUCGCAAAUUUUGGAAAGUCCUUCAAAUCGCAAAGCUUUUGUUCUAGCGAAUAAAGUUAAUAAGUCAAUUGCACCAUCAGAAACUGAACAUUAUAAUCCAGAAGAAGUGGAAAAACAAGGUUCAAUAUGUGAAGAUGGUGUUAUAAGGGUAACAUUAACACCAGCUGUAUACGAUGAAGAUGUAUCAGGUAAAUCUAAGGAAUGGUUAAGAGCACAAAAUGCAAGCCACGGUUAUUUAGAAGAAACUUUAUCGAAAAAUUGGACACCUGAUGAAUUUUGUAAAUGGUAUAUAUCAAAUGAGAGUUUUGCAGAAGACAAAAGAAGAAUAUUGGAUCACAUUAAGAAAAGUCUUGAAAACAUAAACUUAUCACUGAAAAGGCAGGCAGGUGAAAGAUUUUGGACUGUGCCAAGAGACACCAAUGGACUAUUCGUCCGCUGGGUGUUGAACUAUUCCUCACCAUUCAGAAUAAACGAAAGAGUUCAGCGAUUAAAGAAUAUAUCUACACAAUUGGCUGAAAUUGAAUAUAUUAAGACAGCACAGUUGCGGAACCAUAUAAAUGCAGCAGUAAAGGUGCACAAUCAGAUUGCUGAAGAUUUUGUAGCAGUUGUGAAAAACACUGAAAAAGAAGAGAUUUCAUAUGUUCAUAACCCAAGUCAUGAAUAUAAAGAUAAUAGAGGUAUUUUGCAGGAUUCUCAGUAUGAUGUAAAUCAAGUGGAAAGCAUUUAUUUAAAAGAACUUGCUUUGGUUGAGGCUUCAAAAAAUCCAAUUUAUGUGAAACUUCUUGGUGUUGGAAAUGAAAUUGCAUGA